CGAUAUCACGCACCGCCAUCUUGGAUCGAGUGUCGCACCAAAACGAGGCUGGACGGGCAUGCGGUCAUUUGGAGGGUUGCAUUACAUGGAGUUUGAGUGGAAAUAACUCGCAAAUAUGGCUCACGAUCAUUGCUGUGUAAAUUACUGUACGAACGACAAACGAAACGAAAGUGGUCAGAAUUUGUCGUUUUUCAACUUUCCUAAAAAUUCUUCACAGAGAUCGAAGUGGAUUGCCGCGAUAAAGCGAGACGAAGGGACGCUUUUUCAGAUCAAGAAAGGCUCUACUCUAGUGUGUUCUGCUCACUUCAAGUCAAGCGAUAUGUUUAAACCUAUAACAGGGCUUAUACGUCUGAAACCAGGAGUUAUGCCUUCGCAGUUUCAAUGGACGAAGUCGAGCCAAGACCGCCCACAAAAUAAACUACAAGAGUUAAAAACUAUGGCAGAACAGCAAGAACAAGAGGAGCGACGACAAUCUUUUGUCGAUUCAUUCCAGCAGGAUGUCAAAAUGGAGGAAGGGGAGACUGGAUCAGGAGGCCAGGGAGCCAGUGCUAGUGAUGAGCAAAUGGAAGAAAUGGCUACGGACGAACCGGAAAACGAAAACAUAGAACCCGCCGAAGUGAGUGCAGUGGAACAAAUUGAAAUCCUUAAAACACAAAUCAGUGAUUUAGAGCAACAGGUGGAAGAUCUAAAAGGGACCAGAUCAGCUGUUUGA